GUCAUCGGAGUAAACAGAAAAGAUGGCGACGCCUCGCACCGGGGAGCGAGCGUUAGGAACAAAUCCCGCCAUAUCAGAGUCCUGCGCUAAAAAACUCACGGAUUUACCGACCGAGGUGUUGGAGCACAUCCUGUGUUUCCCGGUGCUGAACCACAUCGACAUCUCCAACGUGUCGUGCUGCUGCAAGCGGCUUCAUGAAGUGUGUCAUAGCAACGGGAAGGUCUGGGGACAUCAGUUCAGACUCAGGUGGCCGCGGCUACAGAAGCUUUAUCGGCAGAAUGAAUCGUACGAUUGGCAGAAGGAAUUCAGGACCAGGCUCAGGGUCUGUCUGCAGAUCCACCGGACAGUCGUGUCUAUUUCCAAGCGAUUCUUCGCUGAAGUUCCUUGCGUCGGUCAGGUGUUGGGUGACAGCUUUACAGAAAUCGAGUCUCUCGGGGCGCCGGAGCACUUCUGCGAAGACGAGCUCCUCUCCAUUCUCAACUCGGACAGUAGGAGGAGCUUGACCUUGAAGUACUAUGCAAAGAAAAUCCUCUACUUUCUUCGCCAGCAGAACAUCCUGAGGAGCCUGAAGAGCUUCCUGGAGCGGCCCGCGGAUCAGCAGUCGGCUCUGGAAGGCGCCGUAUUAGUGGAUCAGUACUGUAACCCCCUGACUGAGGUCACACUCGAGAGUGUUUCUACUCAGCUGGACGACAUCACGGAGAAGAUGAAGAAAUGUCUACGGGCGAAAAACGCGUCUCAUCCCAGCCUGAGAUCGGGUCAAGGCGACUGUGUGGUCGUGCAAGACUUCGAGCUCCAGCGCCAGGUCCUCUGCGCCCUCAACGCGGUCCUGUACGAACAGCUGCAGUUUAAAGGGAACGAAUGUGACUACUACAACCCCAUGAAUUCCUACAUACACCAGGUGCUUCUGCGUCGAACCGGCAUUCCCAUCAGUCUCUCUGUGCUCUAUAUGACGCUCGCCCGGAAGCUGGGGGUCCCACUGGAGCCGGUUAACUUCCCUAAUCACUUCCUGCUCCGCUGGUGUCAGCGCCGGACCAGCAGUGACGAUAUCUACGACUACGUUUACAUCGACGCCUUCGGGAAGGGCAAGCAGCUGACGGCUAAAGAGUGCGAGUACCUGAUCCGCCAGCAGGUGACGGCCGAUUACUACAGCUCCAUCAGCACCACCGAACUGCUGCUGCGCAUGGUGGGCAACCUGCUGAACAUCGGCAAGAGGGGAGAAGGCAGCGAGAAGUCGUACCAGCUCCUGAGGGACUCUCUGGAUCUCUACCUCACCAUCGACCCUGAUAACGUGCAGUAUCUGAUGCUGCAGGCUCGACUCUACUUCCACCUGGGCAUCUGGCCUGAAAAGGUCCUGGACAUCCUGCAGCACAUCCAGGCGUUGGACCCGUCUCAACACGGCGCCGUGGGUUACCUGGUGCAGCACACGCUGGAACACAUCCAGCACAAGAGACACGCGGUGGAGCCCGAGGUGAAGAGACGCAGCGCUCCCGAACACGCCCAAGUGCAGUACUCGGUCGGCCUCAUCAUGAAACACAAGAGGUCGGGGUAUAACUGCGUGGUGUACGGCUGGGACCCUAAAUGCUCCAUGAGUCCCGAGUGGAUCGCCACCAUGCGGGUGCAUCAGCUGAGCCACGGCGCCGAUCAGCCGUUCUACAACGUCCUGGUGCAGGACGGAACCUGCAGAUACGCCGCCCAGGAGAACCUGGAGCCUCACUCGGCACCGUUGGAAAUCAGUCACCCGGAAGUCGGGCGCUACUUCAGCGACUUCUCCGACACGCACUACGUGGCCAACGAGGAGCUCCAGAGCCAUUACCCAGAGGACACGGCGGAGACGCUGAGAGCCGUACAGGAGCUGUACCGCUCAGACUCAGGACACGCUGCGGGGUCAGACCGUGACCACGGCGCCACCGCACCUUAAACACACACACACACACACACACACACACAUCUCUCAUUAGAGUGACAGAGCUGUAGGUUCACACACACUCACCUUUAACACUUCAUGGACACGAUGGUCCCUCAGAUUUUUCUGAUCGCACUUUCUGGGUCUCGUUCUUCUUAAUAAUCCCAGGUCAGCACUUCAACACUAGGUUUAUUUUAUUUUAUUUUAUUUUUUGUUUUUUUUUCUAAUUGAAACCCUGAUCCUGGAUCAGUCCUGCCUGUAGUAUCACUGUAAUCCAUCCCUAGGGUCGUCCAUGUAGAGCUUGUGACUGAUCACCACCAUCCCAACCAAGGCUCAUGCACUUAUCAGAGAAUUAAAAUAAAUAUAUACCCCCAUAUUUUUUUCUAAUAUAUUUACAGUUAAUUAGAGAGCUUGUGAAAGUUGUGAUGUUAAAAAAAUAAUCAAAUAAAAAAUGAUGAUGAUGAUGAUUGCUUCAAAAUGGCUGUAGAGAAACGAGAACUGAUGCCAAAAAUAAAAAAGUG